AUGGGGUCGUCCUCUGGAGCGUCCGGCCGAGGUGAGUCGAAGUCGCCCAAACAAUUCAGCAAUCCAUCCCCACCCCAAACCGACGCCCAGCCUGAGUCCAAAAACGAUGCCCCCCUAAAGCCCGACUCGUCGUCCAAUGCCGAAGCCACCAAACCGCUCGCGCCUCCGCCCCGUCCCGGCCAGCAGCUCGGCGCAAACACUCCCGACUACUUCUCAAACCCCCUCGGCGGCUCACUGAGCCUGGAACCAAACCCUUUCGAGCAGUCUUUUGGCGGCGCGCCCCCAGAGACCCCCGGCGCCACCAAGCUCCCGUCCGUCGCCGCCCUGACGUCCCCCUCGUCUCUGCUUCCCGGCCCCGGCGCCACACCAUUCCCCUGGGGACCUAGUUCUCUUAGGACGGGUCCAUUGAGCCCGGCGAUGCUCUCGGGGCCGACGACGAAUGACUACUUUGGCGACACUCACCACAUCCGUGGCGGAUUUCCCACCCCGAACGAGUCUUCUCUGAGGACGGGACUUACUCCAGGCGGCAGCGGGUCUAUGUUCCCGGCCCCCAGCCCAAACUCGCAGGCUCUAUUUGCGCAGCUCACCGCUUCUGCCCCUACUCCAAGCACUCUCGACUUCCAUCGGACCGCCCUCAGUGCAGCCGCCGCCAAGCGCGAGCAGGCACAGGCGCAGGCGCAGGCGCAACAGCCGGCCAAUACACAGCCUCAGGAGAACGGCAAUGGUGUUGCGCUUCUGAAGCUCGAGACAAAGCCGCCUGCAGGACCGUUCGACCCGCACGACAACGACGCAGCGAAUGGCCUUUUCAUGUUAGCACAGGGACGAAACGGAUCGCAACAGCAGAGCCAGCAGUUCGCCGUGAUACCUCCGGUCCAGAUACACGCCCAGCCCGCAGCCCAGCCCGCCCCGGCCGUGCAGCCCGUAAAUACGUCACCACAGAUGAAUGGCAACGGAUCGGUUGCAGGGAGUUCGGCGCGUGGCGUAAGUGAAGCAUUAAGCGCCGGUUCGGACGAGAGCGAGACUGCAGUGCGCCCGCCCCCUCGCACCAAGGGAAAAAGGAAUUCUGGAGGUGCCGGGACGCGUCGUAAGGCUGACGAUACACCGGCCAAGGCGCCUGCAAGUAAAAAGGCCAAGACCAACGGCGGCGGUGCGCCGUCUAUCGACAGUAUGGAUAUGGGUGACUCGGACGACGACAUGAAGAUCAACGAAAAUGGCACAAGAACAAAGAUGACAGACGAGGAGAAGCGUAAAAACUUUCUUGAGCGCAACAGGGUUGCUGCGUUGAAAUGUCGUCAGCGAAAAAAGCAGUGGCUAGCCAAUCUUCAGACUAAAGUUGAGAUUUUCAGCUCGGAAAAUGAUGCUUUGACGCAACAGAUCUCGCAGCUUCGCGACGAAGUUGUCAACCUCAAAACACUAUUGCUCGCGCACAAAGACUGCCCUGUCACGCAACAGCAGGGCCUCCACGGGGCAUAUAUGCAACAGUCAAUGGAGCCCUUCAACCCUCAGAUGAACUCUUAUGGCCUGGGCGGACCCGUCCAGAGCCAACCGGUUAUAGCAGGCCAGGGCGUCAAUCGCCGAUUCUCAUAG